AUGUUGGAGAAGAUAAGGAUGGAUAUAAUGGUAAGGAUGGCAAACAGGAAAGUGGCAGCUCAAAGAUGGAGUGACAUGGUUGGUCUAAGGAUUAGGAAGAUAUUAGAGAAGGUGGCAGAAAUGACCAGCUGUUAUAGAGCUUAUCACUCUAGUGAAUUUGAGUUCCAAAUAAUUGGAGGGGGAGAUAAUGGCAGCAAGCAUGUAGUGGACCUAAGGCUUCACAUUUGCACAUUUAAGAGGUGGCAGCUUAGUGGAAUACCUUGCGUCCAUGCCAUUUGUGCCAUCAGAAGCAAAAAGGCAGAGCCUGCUGUUUUUUGUGAUGAUUACUUGAUGCCAAGUACUUAUAUGGAAUCCUAUAAUCCCAUUAUUCAUCCUAUUGCUGGUGAGGAUGAUUGGGACCAAGUGGACUACCCUAUAGCACCUCCCCCAUAUAAGAAGCAAGCAGCUGGCAGACCAAAAAUGAAGAGAAUCAAGGAGUCGGAUGAGAAGAAGCAGCCUGUACCUGCCCCAAUUGAUAAAUCAAAGAUGCCAAGAACAUACACCAAGAUGACAUGCCAAGUCUGCUUCAAAAAAGGCCAUAACAUGUUGAGUUGCACAAUCACAAAGGCCAAAAAAGUAGCAGCUGCACAACAAGGAGGGGAAGGGAGUUCCAAUGCACCCCAGCAAACUAAGAAGCAUAGUUAG